CCUCCAAAGAUAACAGAGCACAUCCCCAAGGCAGCAGAUCCUAAGGAAACCUGCAGCAUGGAACCUGAAUAUUUACGAUUAUUAAAAAUCAUCUUACUGACAGUUGCUAUAUCUAAGAUUUGUGCUGCACAGAAUGACCUGACUCUGUCUGUUUUCACGGUCACAUCCAAAAGCAUGACAGUGCGCUGGAGUGGCCUUUCAGGCGCGAGCUCCUACAAAAUCACAGCCACACCGAGGAACUCCCCUGACCUGCCUGUUUUCGCACAAUUCAGCGGCAGCACUGUCAUGGGCUCUGUCAACUCCUUGUCCCCAAACACAGUGUACAGAAUGCGAGUUGAGGCCAUGGACAAUGCUGUUAAUGUGCUCAGCAGCGGAGAAACUGAGGAGACUACUGCUCCUGAUGUCCCGUCCAUCAUCCAGGCAUACUCAAAGCACAGCGACAGCAUAACAGUGGAAUUCAGUGCAGUGUCCGGUGCUACCAGUUAUAUCUUACGAGCUGAGAACGAAAGAGGAUUCUUUUCAGAAACUGUAGUGCCAUCAUCUCCUGGGACUGUCUUGAACCUGAGCCCCUACACCAACUACACCCUCAGCGUUAUGUCUGUUAACAGUGGAGGCAGAAGCCAGCCCUCUAUCCCAGUGCAAGCUAAGACAGUGAUAGUAGCCCCAGCACUACAGUGUAUAUCUCCCACAAAUGACACCAUCUUGGUCACAUGGGACCCAGUGGACCAUGCAGUUCUUUACUCGCUGACUAUCAUCAUGCAAGGGUCCAGCAGCCGGCUCAAACUCAACACCUCCCAGACCAACAUGACCUUCACCAACCUCGAGUCAGGGGUCACCUACUGCAUCAAAGCCACAGCCUUUGACCCUGAGGGUAUCCCUGGAGAUGACAUCACUAUCUGCCAGAUCACACGUCCCUCUGUCCCAGGGGAUGUCCAGGUUUUACCGACCCUGAGCCGGACUCUGGGCCUGGCCGUGUACUGGCAGGCUGUACGCGGGGCUGACCUCUACUACGCUGUAAGCUCCACGGGUCAGAACUGCUCAGCCUUUAAAGAGUCGUCCUGCAUCAUCAGCCCACUCAACUGCAGCGAGAACCACACGGUCACUGUCACUGCUCAGAACGAGGCCGGACCAAGCAGCCCUUCCCAGCCAGAAGAAAUGCUUACUUACCCGUGCCCUCCAGACUCUGUGCAAGUGGGCGAGGUGGGUGUAGGGAAUUGCUCAGUGACGUGGGCCGCUGUCCCAUGGGUGGACUACUACAUUGCCUAUGUGAAGAGAGAUGAUGGAGCGGAGGAGCAGUGUAACACCACCAGCACCACCUGCUACUACAACUGCCACUGCAGCUUCAUCUACCUAACUACUGUAUUUGCUUAUAAUGGAGCCGGCCCCAGCCCACCAGGACCCAUACUCAACUACACUACUGUCCCCUGUUGUCCAGAUAACGUUUCUGUCUCUCUUAUUUCUACGGAGACUCUGGAGAUCAGCUGGUCUGCAGUGCGUGGGGCAGAGCUGUAUGAGACGGUGGCAGCAGAUGGGCCAGAUUCAAUCCACUGCAGUGACACAGUGCCUCUGUGUGCUCUGUCUGACCUUAACUGCAACAGCCUGUAUAGUGUGGUCAUCCGACCCUGCAGCGAAAUAAGCGGCUGUAACAACACCUGCACAGCACACACACAAGAGACAGCCCCGUGUACUCCUGAAAUCCUGAACCUCACUCAGGUGAACUCCUCAGCAGUCCAAGUGUUGUGGAGGGCUCCCAACAGACAAGCCAACUACACUGUGAAAGCUGUGGGCAGUGGCAGCACCAUCUCCUGCGUGUCCAGCGGCACUUCUUGUGACAUCACCAAUCUACCCUGUGGAGCAAGUUAUGAAGUCAAGGCAUAUGCUGCCACCACUGCAGGCCAGAGCCUGCCCAGCUACAGUGUUGCCUUGGAAACAGGACCCUGCUGUCCCGAGAAUCUCACCGUGGAGCAAGUGACGCAGUCCAUGACCAGUGUGGUGUGGUCACCUGCCACAGGGGCCCAGUCUUACAUUACCUCGCUGACAUCACCACGAGGUCAUGCCAAGUGCCAUACCAUGGACACACACUGUCUGAUGGGGUGUAUCACAUGUGGCACCAACUACAGCGUAUCAAUGGAAGCCAUAAGCAUGACCGGACAUAAAUCCCAGUGCAACUAUCACGGCUUCGCUUCUAGUUCAUGUUGUCCAACUGGCGUGAGGCUGUAUGGGAUGGCCAAUAACACCCUGCGUGUCUACUGGCGUGGGUCGGACAGUCUCUAUGGCUACUCGGCCGACCUUUUUGGCACUAUUGCCAACUAUACGUGUAGCUCAGCGCUGGGGUCCAACUCAUGCGACAUCCAGCAGGUAGUGUGUGGGCAAGUGUACACCGCUGUGGUCGCCCCUUUAACAAGUCAAGGGUCCAAAGUCUCAUUCUGCCCUAGGAGGCUGUACUCAGUGUCCUGCUCUGGCAACAACAUUGGAAUUGUGUUCUAUCGAGGAAAGAGGAGUGUGGAAUAGCAGCUGCCAUUGACCAGAAAGAAAAUGCAGGAGACUGUCACCCGAAAGAUCAAGAAUACUGUUUUUUAUUUUUGUUUGUGAAAAACUCUUCUGAUAUUAUGACUAGCUUACAUUCACACUGUAUACUGAAGAGAGACUGAAGGAGUAGUUUAACGAAGACAAUAAAUACUCAAUCUUCCAUUUACCUCAUCUAUGUUACCAUGGCACAACAGCAUAAUUUGUUUUUAGAUCAUUGUAUUCUCGUCACUGCUGGCCUGUAAGGCAUUUUUACAAAAUUAAAACUACUUUUUUUUAGUAAAUCUCAAACUGUUCUAAGUUCAUGAACUGAGGACCUUUGAUUAAGACAUUAAAAAGCCAUUGAUUAAUUUCUGUUUUGGGUGUUAAGUUUUGUUGUCAUCCUCUAUACAAUAACUCAAGUGCAAAUCAAGAUUAUAUGUCAAGAACUGUAUAGCUUGUUUGUACUGCUCUGUGAAGCUCUAGGAUGCUGUAGGAAUUCCCCCAAAGUAGAAAGCCUUCAAAGGAGCAUCACUGUGUCUUGCCUCUAAGGUAGAAACUGGCUGUUGGGAAAGUAGGACAGCACAAAUGUCAGCACCAAAAUACACCUCAAGGCACACAUGUCCUUUUGAUGAUGUGGUAGAUAAGACUGUUUAAGGUUUAUGUAUGCUGGUGUCUCAUUGCCAAAUACAUAUGACUUUAAAUAAAGCAUUUUUGCAUGAAAAUACA